AUGGCUUCUCUUUCUGCAGAAGAGGAAAACUAUGUCAGAAUGAGUUUAUUGCUGACAGGGAUUUCUCCACGUGCAGUUAGAGUAUUGUUUGAUAGUGAAUUCCACCCAUCAUGUUUGGACUCUUCUUUGAAAAAAGCAUACAACAAACUGUUGGACUUGAAAAAGAAACGUGUUAUAAAUGAAGCACAAUGGAACCUACUGUUCACUCGUUUCCCAGAUCGUCCAGAUUCAAAGACAUUCGAUGUCACUUUAAUGAUAACAUUAUUGAGAAAUUUGACUAAAAUUUCCCCUACUGGUUGUGGAUUUGACCAUUUGCCUACUACCAUGGAAACUACAGCAGGUUCAGAUUUAUCCAGAAUAAAAUACUACAGGAACUAUAUGGCACAUCUGGGCGAUGGCAAAUUAGACACAACUUUCUUCAAUACGGCUUGGAAUAAUAUAACUGGUGCCAUUAAUAGACUAGGUGGACAGCAAAUGAACCAGGAGUGUGAACAUCUGAAAACUAAACCUCUAGAUCAAACCAACCAAGAAAUAAUGCUUGAAAUCAAAUGUUCUAAUGAUGAAAUCAGGGAGCUGAAAAACUCAUUUGAAAGUCUGAAGCUAUCACAUACUAAAAUGAAGAAAUCCCAUGAAUUACUACAAGAAAACCAUACUAAUGUUACAAAAGAACUUCAAAAGAUAAAGUCUUCUCAAACGGAUACAGUACCGUGGAAUGUUAGAGCGCAAUUCAACAAAAUACUUGACGAUUGGAAGAUCAAUGACCAGAUGUUCAUAAAUACAAGAGCUGCUGAACAUGUGCUAAAAUGUAUAAAAGAGAACAGUUGUGUAACUAUCACUGCGAGUUCUGGUGCAGGAAAAACAGCAACACUCCGAAAUGUUGUUUUAAAAAUGGCAAAUGAAAAGUUUGAUAUUCUUUUAGUGUCUGAACCAGGAAAUAUUGUGCAGUAUUACAAUCCAAAUAAAAAAACAUUGUUUGUCAUUGAUGAUUUAUGUGGAAACUUUUCGGUUGCCCAAAGUGACAUUAAAAGUUGGGAUCCUCUAAUCGAUCGUAUAAAAGACAUUCUUAAAAACAAACAAACAAAAAUAAUUGCAGCAUGUCGAUUACAAGUAUUUCAGGAUGAAAAAUUUGACACAUUAUCAGUUUUCAAGUCAUGUGUAUGUAACAUGCUGUUAGAGGAAAUACGUUUGUCAAAAAAUGAAAAAACGUUAAUUGCAGAGUUAUAUAUGAAAUCAAAAGCCUCUGACAUUGAUGACUAUUAUGACUUAUAUGACUGUUUUCCACUUUUAUGUAAGAUGUUCCAUGAUAAUCCCAAUUUUGAUGCUGCAAAUCUAUUUCAGAAACCAUUUUCAGUUUAUGAAUCAGAAAUUGACAAGUUAUUUAAGAAGGGACAUUUCACUAAAUACUGUGCUUUAGCUUUAUGUGUCAUGUUUAACAAUGAAUUGAAGGCAGAAUUGCUGACAGAAGAUGUUUCUGCAGAAACUAAAAUUAUUUUCGAGAAAACAAUGGAAGCAUGUAAAAUUGACAGAGGAACAUCCUUAUUUUUAAUACAGAACGAGCUUGACUCACUUACUCAUACAUAUAUUGAAAAGGAAAUGUAUUUUUGGGACGAAAAAUAUUUCUACACAACUUUACAUGAUAAAAUAUUUGACUUUUUAGCAUACUACUUUGGACAAAAAAUACCAAGUUGCCUGAUAAAGUAUGCAGACAGCUGUUUGAUUCAUAACCGGUUCAUGUUAGAAAAAGAGGAUAGUUUUGAUUCAUACAUCAGUAUUAUUCCAUCAAAAUACCACCAGAUUUACAUAGAUAGAAUAACUGAAGAAUGGUCUAAAGGAAAUGUUCGCGAUAUAUUUUGUAAUAUUAAUAUGAAGAUACCUCAGUUCAGACAAACAUUAUUGUUACAUUUGAACACACUUGAUACAGCAAACCAGAAACGACUUGCACAAACCUAUGAUAAGGAAAGCAACACAACUGAUGACGACUAUGAUUGGUUUGACGAGGAGAUAAGAUAUGAUUCUGUUUUGUCACAUUGUUGUAUGCUAGGAGACAUUCCUUUGAUUAACUGGUGUUUAAACAAUGCGGUUGAUGUGAAUCAGUGUACAUUAGACAAUCAGUCAACUGUAAUGAUUGCUACUUUACAAGGUCAUACAGAAACAGUGAAGAUUUUGAUGGACAAUGGAGCAGACUGCAAUAAAUGUGACAGGUCUGGUGAGUCACCCAUAAUGAAGGCUUGUAUGCUUGGUCAUACAGAAAUAGUAAAGAUAUUGUUAGAAAGAGGAGCAGAUUAUAAAAAAUCUGAUUCUUAUGGGACAACACCUCUACUUAUGGCUUGUAAACAUGGUUUUUCAGAUAUAGUAUUGAUGUUCGCACACAAAAGGAUAUACUUUGAUAAAUCUGAUAAUGAGGGUUUGACAUCUUUACUGCAUGCUUGUGAACAUGGUCAUAAAGAUAUAGUAGAGAUGUUGUUAGAUGAAGGAGUAUACUAUAAUCAAUCCGAUAAUAAGGGUUGGACACCUCUUAUUUUUUGUUGUAGAUAUGGUUAUUUAGAAAUAGUGAAGCUGUUGUUAGAAAGAGGAGCUGACUAUGAAAAAUGUGACAGUUGGAAUCAGUCGCCUGUAAUGAAGGCAUGUGAACAUGGUCAUGUAGAAACGGUGCAACUUUUAUUAGACAGAGGAGUAAAAUGCAAUGAAUCUAACAAUCUCGGGUUGACACCUCUACUCAAGGCUUGUAAAUAUGGUCAUACAGAAAUAGUCAAGACAUUGCUAGACAAAGGAAUUGACUGUAAUAAAGGUGACAAGUUGGGCCAGUCACCAUUAAUAUAUGCUUGUACAAAUGGUCAUACAGACAUAGUCGGGAUCUUAUUGAACAAGGGGGUAGACUGUGAUAAGUUUGACAUUCAUGGACGGACACCUAUAAUGCAUGCCUGUGAAAAUGGUUACACAGAAAUUGUAAAAUUGCUGUCAGACAAAGGGGUAGACGUGAAUUAUUGCGACAAUAAUGGUCAGUCACCUUUAAAAUAUUCCUGUGAAAAUGAUAAUACAGAUAUAGUUAGAAUACUGUUAGAUAAAGGCGUGGAAUAUAAUAAAUCCGACAAAAACGAUCGGUCACCUUUAUGGUUUGCUUGUCGAAUGGGUAAUUUAGAAAUUGUUCAGUUGUUGUCAGACAAAGGAGCUGACUGUGAUAAGUGUGAUUAUCGUCAUAAUACCCCUGUAAUGAAGGCAUGCAAGUAUGGUCACACAGAUAUAGUGAAGAUGCUUUUAGAAAAGGGUAUUGACUAUGAUAGGGUUAACAUCUUGCGACAAUCCCCAUUAAUUAAAGCGUGUAAGCAUGGUCAUGCAGACAUAGUUGAGAUGCUAUUGGACAAAGGAGUAGACUAUAAUAAAUCUGACAUUAACGGUUGGACAUCUAUUGCAUAUGCUGGUAGUAAUGGUGAUACAGAAAUAGUGAAGAUGUUAUUAGAAAAAGAAGUAAUAAGUUGA